CAUCUCCCCUUCUCUCUCACCGCCACGCGGGCCGCACCCACCUAUCCCGACCCGGCGUCGCCACCGCCCGCCGUUGCCGUUUCGGUUUCGGUUUAGUUUAGUGGUACGGAGAAAGUGGUACGGAGGCGAGGGGCAUGGCGGACGCGGUGGCUGUGACGGUGGCGGUGGCGGGGAGGGAUAAGGACAAGGAGGACCGCCGCCGCUGGGCGGCCAGGUGCGGCCUCUCCGUCCUCGGCAUCAUGAGCACCCUCCUCGUCUACGGCGUCCUCCAGGAAAAAAUCAUGAGAGUUCCCUAUGGAGCCGAGAAGGAGUUCUUUAGAUACUCCCUUUUUCUUGUAUUCUGCAACCGUAUCACUACAUCAAUGGUGUCUGCACUGGUGUUACUGGCAAGUAAGAAAUCCUUGGACCCUGUUGCUCCAAUCCACAAUUAUUGUGUUAUCUCUGUAUCAAAUAUACUUACCACAACUUGCCAGUAUGAGGCACUCAAGUAUGUGAGUUUCCCUGUCCAAACGCUUGCCAAAUGUGCGAAGAUGAUACCUGUCAUGAUUUGGGGCACAAUAAUAAUGAGAAAGAAGUACGGUGGAAAAGAUUACUUCUUUGCAGUCAUUGUAACUCUGGGUUGCUCUUUGUUCAUUCUAUACCCGAUACAGGCUUCGAUGGAUGUCAGUCCAUUCAAUAAAGGCAGAGAAAGCACUGUUUGGGGUGUUUCACUCAUGCUUGGUUAUCUUGGAUUUGAUGGGUUCACAAGCACGUUCCAAGAUAAACUCUUUAAAGGGUAUGACAUGGAAAUACACAACCAGAUAUUCUACACGACAAUGUGCUCUUGUCUUCUAAGUUUAACCGGACUUAUUCUCCAGAAUCAUCUGAUUCCAGCUGUAGACUUUAUGUUUCGUCAUCCAGAUUGCUUCUCUGAUGUCGUAAUCCUAUCCAGCGUUGCAACAGCAAGUCAGUUCUUCAUAUCCUACACCAUUCGAACAUUUGGGGCUCUCACAUUUGCUACCAUAAUGACAACUAGACAGUUGGUGAGUAUAUUGCUGUCCUGCGUCUGGUUUGUACAUCCUCUCAGCUGGAUGCAGUGGGUUGGCGCAGCCAUUGUAUUCGGAGCCCUGUACACAAAAAGCUUCUUGAGAAGUAAACCCCAGAGGCCAGCGGCUACAAGCCCGUCACACGGUUCAAGCCCAAGUUCUGCUAACAACAGUUGACCAAAUAACAUAGGAAAAAUCUUGUUCUUUGCCCUGAUGUACCGGAACGUCUUCAUGUCGGAGAUUAAUGACAUCAUGACGAGUGAACUCAACAGAUAGAUUCCAGAACUGAAGGUCUUAGUGUUAGGUUAGCAUCCAAAGACCAAUUUUUCAGGCAGCCCAGCCUGUGUUAAGUGAGUUCGGCUGCCAAUUUUGUAGCUCCGGCCAUUCUCUGUUUACUACACUGUAUCACACCAGUUGCUUAUAACAAACAAUGAAACCUGAUGUACACUGUAUCAAUAAAAGCCAAUACAGCUUGAGAUGUA